GAAAGCAGCUCUCUGAUCAGCACUGUCAUUACCCUGACAUGCAGAGAGAGAAAAAGGAAAAGCAUGACAUACAAAGACCUAACAGAAAAUGGAAACACAGGAAACAUUUCUCUUUGUUAUGAACAUCAUCUUAACUCAUGUCAGAAGCUUAUCUAUCCUCUCACUGUUAGAGCUGUGAUAUAUUUUGUCACUGGAGCCAUUGUACUUCUUACUUUAUUUGGAAACCUUUUUGUGAUUAUAACCAUCACUCAUUUCAAGCAGCUCCAUACACCAACGAACUACUUCACUCUUUCUCUGGCUGUAGCUGACUUGCUUUUUGGAGGAGUUUCAAUGCCUCCUACGAUGAUGCGCACUGUAGAGACCUGCUGGUAUUUUGGAACUGUAUUCUGUAAAAUAUACAGCAGUCUUAACAUUAUGUUGUGCUGUGCAUCACUGCUGAAUCUUGUGUGCAUCGCUGUUGAUCGAUACUAUGCUGUGUGUCACCCCCUUCUGUAUCACCUUAAGAUAACCCCUCUUGUUGCUGUGUUUCUGAUAGCUGCAAGUUGGAGUUUUGCUACUCUUCCAGCCCUUGUGAUGAUGUUUCCAUAUUUCAAUACUAAAAGCAGUGAAGAUUUUUACAAGGAUAAUGCAGUUUGCAAAGGACUCUGUGUGGUGCAUCUAGCACCCAUGACAAGCCUGACACUCUCCAUUUUGUGUUUUUACCUCCCUGCUGCUGUCAUGCUCAGUUUGUACUUAAAAAUAUUUACUGUUGCAAAGAUGCAGUCACGUUCCAUUCACAAUGCCCUUUAUGACAGUUCUGAUAAAAAACAUUCUGGAAAGAAAAACUCCAAGAAGAAUCCAACCAUCAGCAAAUCAGAGAUCAAAGCCACUAAAACAUUAUCGAUAGUCAUGGGAGUUUUUUUACUGUGUUAUUCACCAGUUUAUAUCUAUAGCAUUGUGAUUCCAAUUUCUGGUAAUUUUGGUCCACCACAGCUGUACGACGUGCUAAGUUGGAUUGGCUAUUCAAACUCAGCAUGUAAUCCUAUUGUGUAUGCAUUAUUUUAUAGAUGGUUUAGAAAGGCACUUAGAAUGAUUAUAUUUGGUAAAAUAUUUCAUCAAAACUCUUCUAGAAUAAAGUUGUCCUAA